AUGAUGAACCAGGAGAUAAUGUGUGAGGUGGAGAUAGGGACACACGGCUCCAUGGUGGAAAUUGAUGGUGAUGAUCAGGUUGGAGUCAAGUAUGAGGAAAUAGAAGCGGCUCAAUAUGAGGAAUACAUAACUGAUGACCAGUAUGAAGAGGCUGAAGAACAAGUCAUUGGUAUGCAGCAUCUUGAAGAAGACUAUAAAAUUUCAGUUGGCAACGAGGAGGUGAUAUUACCUGGGAUCUCUGGUGAAGAAGUGCUGAAUCCUAGUUCCGAUACACAUUAUGACUCCCUGUACGUCACACCACCUGCAACCAGCAGCAGAAGGGGUCGCGGUCGACCCCGCACCAGUGUCAAUAACACAACGAACAAUAUACAACAUUUAAUGCCUAUUGGUGAGGUUCCAGUCGGUUUAAUGGAAGGAGUAGCAGGCCGUGGUCCGGCGAGACGGUGGGAACAAAAACAAGUACAAAUUAAAACUAUGGAGGGAGAAUUCUCCGUCACCAUGUGGGCGACUGGCGAGGAUGAGGAUGACGGUUCAAAUCCAGAGCCAGAUCCUGACUAUACGGAGUAUAUGACUGGCAAGAAGAAUAUAUUAGGAACUGAAACAAUGCCAGGUUUAGAUUUAUCAGACCCAAAGCAGUUGGCAGAGUUCGCACGUCCGGGACACAAAAUUAGACUAAAGAAACCUAUGCCAGAAUCAUCAGACAGAACAAUAGCGUGUCCCCACAAAGGCUGUACAAAAAUGUUUAGAGAUAACUCGGCGAUGCGGAAACACCUUCACACGCACGGGCCCAGAGUUCACGUUUGUGCUGAGUGUGGUAAAGCAUUUGUAGAGAGUUCAAAGUUAAAACGUCACCAAUUGGUACACACGGGCGAGAAACCAUUUCAGUGUACAUUUGAAGGCUGCGGUAAAAGGUUCUCUUUAGACUUUAACUUAAGAACACACGUACGUAUCCACACGGGUGACCGACCCUACGUCUGUCCAUUCGAUGGCUGCAACAAGAAAUUCGCCCAGAGCACCAACCUCAAGUCCCACAUACUAACACACGCCAAGGCCAAGUCAAGAAACUCCCUCUCACGAAACGGAGGCAAUUCGUACGAGUCGGCGCGAACGACGCCACAGUUCCUCCAAUUAGAAGUGUCUCCAGAUGACUCUAAUCCACAACUCAUAUUCUACACGCACGAGUGA